CCGCCGGUCAGGUGUCUGUCGUGAAUUGACGCUGGACGCUGGAGAGGAACAGGAUAUUAGCGUUGUAAACUUCGGCUCUGCUGCACAGAUUUGCGAGCAUGGUUUCCCUGAGCUUCUCGUCCAUCGUUACAUUCGUCCUGAUCGCUCUAAUCUCAGUGUUGAUCGCUGCCGACGGCACCGUGGCACAGUGGCGACCGAACACACGUUACGGCAAGCGAAGCGACGACUUCCCGGCCGGUCUGACAGUGUACGAAAACGACAUCGUUAGGCGGUGGGAUCCACAGACGCGAUACGGAAAGAGAGCAGAUUUCGACACGGAGAGUAAAUUAAACAUAGCAGGUGUAACGAACCAGGAUGAUAACGUCUCAGACGAAAGCUUUUCCUGCGUGCAUACAGGCGUGGAAAACCUCUACCGAUGUUUCAGGAAAUCAUGAGACAACCCGUGUUUUCAUCACUCGCCGUUCAGUAUCAGCUAUGGAACAGAGAGACAGUGCCGCAGCAAAGCGACCCAUUCUCGCAAAAGCCUAACCGCACAGCCCUACAGCAGAAUAGCCAAUUUCAAAUUGGUUAAAUAAAACGGAAACAAGAGAUAACGGGCACAAUUCUUAUUAUUUAUUCUAACGUCGUGUAUUGUAUGGCGGUUAAUGAUGGUGUAGGCAACCUCUCACGUGUUACUGUAAUAAUGCAUAAAACGCAAAAAUGCAGUUGAAUUAACAUUGACACGUUUCUCGUGUUGUCGUAGAUAGAAAAUAUACCUAUAGCAGAUUAAGUUAGAGCCGGAUUGAAAUCGUAUUUAGACAAACAAAUAAUGAAAAUAUGAAUGUAAUAUCUAUUACAUUGAAAAUUGAAUACAGUGUAAAGUUGUGUAGAAAUACCAUUCCAAAACCUAUUUCUUGAUUCAUGUAGUAGGGUAGUACUACUUCUGACGCGUGACCUUUGUGUGAAUCAUCAAGGAUGUCUGUAAUGACAAAUUAUGACCUCAAUCCAUAUUAAACAUUAUUAUUCUUAAAUA